GGCGUUUCCCCGUGACGUCUCUCCCGGACCAGGAAAUGCCAACGAAAUUACUUGCCGAGCGAAAACCAAAAGCAAUAGAGGCUAGAUUGCGGUGAAAUCAUAUUCUUGUUUUUAUCAGCGACAGCACCAACACGUUUUGACAUGGAUGAAACACUUUUCCAGUUAAAGUUCACCUCCAAGCAGCUGGAGAGACUGGCCAAAAAGGCUGAGAAAGAAUCUGAAAAGGAGCAGGCAAAGGUCAAGAAGGCGCUGCAACAGAAGAAUGUGGAAUGUGCCAGAGUGUAUGCAGAGAAUGCUAUCCGGAAAAGAAAUGAAGGUCUGAAUUGGCUGCGUAUGGCAUCUCGAGUCGAUGCCGUGGCCUCCAAAGUGCAGACGGCUGUCACAAUGAAAUCAGUGACUAAAAACAUGAGCCAGGUGACCAAGGCCCUGGACAAAGCUCUGAACUCCAUGGACCUCCAAAAGGUCUCUGUUGUCAUGGAUAAGUUUGAAAGCCAAGUCCAAAACCUGGAUGUCCACACCUCGGUGAUGGAGGACUCCAUGAGCUCAGCAAUGACACUGAGCACACCACAAGAGCAGGUGGAUGACUUGAUCCACCAAAUAGCAGAGGAGAAUGGCCUGGAGGUGAUGGACCAACUCAACAAGUUGCCUGCAGGAGCUACCUCUGUGGGUGCAGAGAGUUCACGUAGCCAGGAGAAGGAAGAGCAACUUUCUAGACGAAGUACAGGUGGCGGUUGUGUUGCUAUCCUAACCGCUACAUGGCACUUGUGCGCUCGAACCCCACUAUUUGCUGAGGUCGCCUUCUCAGACUGUGUGCAGGCCCAUCAAACACAAAGCAACAAGUUGGCGGCCCUACGGAACUGAGAGGCAAACAAUACAGGCUUAUGGUGGAGGCACAACGUUGGGUGUUUGUAAUCAACUCCUCCUAAGGGACGACUUAGUGAUCACACACACACACACACACAGCCACACACACACACACACACACGCACACAGGAUUACCUGACAAGUCCGCCUAUAUCCCUCAGGUGUAUCUCUUUCUCUUCCUCCCUGUGAAUUCUCCUGAGUAUCUCAUUUCACCCCAGCUUUCUUCCUUGCUUUGGCCCAAUAGAUGGUGGCAGUGUUUGCUUAAACGUCACCCCUUCCCUACCAUGGCUGCCCUCCACAAAACCAAACUUGUUUUUGAAACUCUCUUCUGACACCAUCCUGUCAUAUUAUUUCCAUGGGCCUGCAGCAUAUUCUACAAGUCCAAUAGAAUACGCACCAUGGCCUGGUGGUUAGCAUGUUGGCCACACAGUCAGGGCGUGUGGAAGAUCUGGGUGGGGAUCCCCAGUGGGCAUCUCUGUGUGGAGGUGGCAUGUUCUCCCUGUGCGUGCAUGCAUGGAUUUGUCCGGCUACUGGGGCUUCCUCUGACAUUCCAACAACAUGUUAGGUUCACUGGAGAUUGGAAAUUGUUCGUAGGUAGCAAUGCUUGUUUGUCUCUUUGUGCCCUGCCAUUGGCUCGCCUCUCGCCCGAAGUCGGCUGGGCCAUUACCCCCCAACAAAAAUGUUGUGUUAAAACUACAUAGACAAGGUGAUUUGUGUGGAAAUGACAUGUGAAUGCUGAAAUGCUGAUACUGGGAAUGUGGUGGCCCUUUCAGGAGCUCAUGUGGAAUCUGGAACUCAUCCCCGUGUUGUGGGGAUGUCUUGGGGAGGUGGCACUGAACAUGUUGGUGUUGCAAUACAACAUAAUCAAAGUUGUUGGCAUAUUUACUGUUUACAAAAUCCAAAAUGGGUGACUUUGUGUCUGUGGGAAGCAUUUGGGCACCCCCGAUGCAGAGGUCAACUUUGAAAUCUGGAUAGAUUGAUGAGCAAGAGUCUUUGUUGUGAUGUGUGUAUGAGACAAUUCUUCAUGACACACUUCCUGCUGGGAGUGCCUUAGGGGAGGGGGCACACACGUCCCUGGCCACCGCCUGAAGGAAAAAGUGCAAGCCAAGACAAUUUUUUUACCCUUCUGUGUGGUUGGAGAGUCAGCGUGAUGAAAGGCUUAGCGUGGUUGUUUAGGGUAGAAGCUGGAGCAGGUUGCAUUUCCAGACAUUCAAAUACGCACUUUUCCUUCCAUCUUUAUUCAUUUCUGACAGUUAAACGCUUCCUUCUUUCCACACGCCAGUCCUUGAGUUCUUUUGGCUGUGGUACAUUUGAUGUACUUUUACUCUUUGUAUUCCAAUGUCUGGCUAUUAUUGCAGCACUUUGAUGAUGUUAUGCCAAUAAAACCUUUUCCUCCAUCCAUCCUGCAA